AUGCUCGGCUCACUCUCUGAUCAGUUUUUAAAUUCUACCACUCAGAAUACCAACCAUGAUAUUACUGCUUUACCGCAUAGUCAAGUCGAUCCGACCAUUACAACCAUGAACGACAACAGUCGGACUCCAAUCCGACUCUCCGCCAAUGAAUUGGCAUCUUCACUGGUAGAUACGACUGCUUUAAUUCCCACUUGUAGUGUUCAGGCAUCUCCAAGUCUGUCUGCCUUUGGCUCUGCCAGUUGCAAUCAUCUUGAUCACAAAAGUCCACAAUCUGGCAGGCGCAUCCGCAGAACUAUUUCACCAACUCGUAUGAAGCAGUUGCUUAAAAUCAAUGGAAAGCUCAAGGAUCACUCUAUGGGCAGUCAUGGCAUUGGCACUCUGCAUUCAAUCCAAUCGUUUGAGGAUAUCAGCAACAGCAGUGAAGAACAUCUGUAUGGAUCGGGUCAUGACGAUGGCUCUAAAGACUAUGCAAUGAGUUCUCAAUCUAACUUGUCCAUCAGUCACUCGGCUCCUGUUUCAACCCAUUUCACUACUCAAGGUGUGUCUUUUGAAGAUCCUCGUACCGCCGACUCAAAUCUCAGUGACUUGGAUAGAACUCUGAUAGAUCCACCAGCCAAUUCCUUGGAUCCGGCAUCUUCUUCACUCUGUCCUGAAGCUUUUGUCGAGUUGGAUAAAGUUCAUGUACCAUAUAGUACUGUUGCUUCAAACCUCGCACAUGCCAAAACCAUGAGUUUUGGCAUGACUGAAAAAUCAGUUCGAAACACUGUUUCUCUGCGGGAGCUAAACUUUGACCGUCAUUGUGCUAAUGAUAUAUCUUUGGCUAACCCUGACAAGCACUCUGUUCAAAACAAUCAACUGACUUGCUUUGAUGCAGCUGAUCAUCCUGCCGUCACUUCGGAGGUUUUCCGUACCCUACACCGACCACUUUCGGCGUCAUUUAUUAUUGACACGUUGGCGUCAUUUGAAGCUACAUCCAAGCAACUCGAGACUGUCAUUGCACAGAGGAAACUAUUGGUAGAACAAGAAAAAAAGUUGAUUCGAAUGGCAGAAGUUCAGCUUUCAUUUCUCCAGCAACAGCAACUUGAAUUGUCCAAUAUCCAUCGACGCACGUCUGGUUGGACAGGAAGUGAUACGGAUCUACAUUCUGAUUCUGAUGAAAGCGAGGCGGAUCAUAUUCCUUUGUUUCAAUCACUUCCCGAGUUUCCUCAUGUGAAUACAUUCGAUCUAGAAGAUGGAGAUGACAGAUUCUCAACCAUCACACGCCACCAGCCCAAUCUAUUUAAAACAACCACUGAAACCAAGACUAUGGAGUAUAAUCUUACCAAUGCUGCGAGUAUAAAUGAUUCUUUUAGAGCUACAAGCCCAUAUGUAGUCAAUCGAUCUCCAACACCUCCCUCAUUAGAUGUGAGAAUUCUCUCAAAUGAAUCUGAACACGUACCCUGUUCAGAUCUACCUACACACAUGCACUUUUGUAACUUGGACGCAACUGCCAAGCACAUGAAACGACCAAGUUUUUUGAGUCUAUUUAAAAAUGGAACAAAGACCUUGAAGAGUCGACUAACCAAAACCUGA